GUCUGUGAAUGGCCUCCACGUGGGAACCUUUGUCCUGCACGGAAGCUCCAGCUGGACGGAGGUUGGAGGUUUGGAGCCUGGGGUGUAGGGGAAUGGUGGCCUGGUGAGGUGGUCUGCAGAGUGACCAGCGCCUUCUUGUCCCUGUCACCAUCGAGCUUUCAGAUUGCAGAGCUGCCAUGACCAGGAGUCAGUGCCAAAUGAGGAGGAAAGGCCGAGGUCAUCGCGCUGCAGCGAGGCACCCUUCCUCCCCCGGCAGCACCAAGCACUCCCCCACACGAGAGACCCUGACCUACGCUCAAGCCCAGAGGAUGGUGGAGAUCGAGAUCGAGGGGCGCCUGCACAGGAUCAGCAUCUUCGACCCCCUGGAGAUCAUCCUGGAAGAUGACCUCACUGCCCAGGAAAUGAGCGAGUGCAACAGCAACAAGGAGAACAGCGAGCGGCCGCCCGUGUGCUUGAGAACUAAGCGGCACAAGAACAACCGGGUCAAGAAGAAAGGCGACGCCCCGCCCAGUGCCCACGGCGCGCCCGCCUCCACCAGCGCCCUCCCUGAGCCCAAGGUGCGGGUGGUGGAGUACAGCCCCCCGUCGGCGCCGCGGCGGCCCCCCGUGUACUACAAGUUCGUGGAGAAGUCGGCCGAGGAGCUGGACAACGAGGUGGAGUAUGACAUGGACGAGGAGGACUACGCCUGGCUGGAGAUCGUCAACGAGAAGCGCAGGGGCGACUGCGUGCCGGCCGUGUCGCAGAGCGUGUUCGAGUUCCUCAUGGACCGCUUCGAGAAGGCCUCGCACUGCGAGAAGCAGAAGCAGGGGGAGCAGCAGUGCCUGAUCGACGAGGAUGCGGUGUGCUGCGUCUGCAUGGACGGCGAGUGCCAGAACAGCAAUGCGAUCCUCUUCUGCGACAUGUGCAACCUGGCGGUGCACCAGGAGUGCUACGGCGUGCCCUACAUCCCCGAGGGCCAGUGGCUCUGCCGCCACUGCCUGCAGUCCCGCGCCCGGCCGGCCGACUGCGUGCUCUGCCCCAACAAGGGCGGCGCCUUCAAGAAGACGGACGACGACCGCUGGGGCCAUGUGGUGUGCGCCCUGUGGAUCCCCGAGGUGGGCUUCGCCAACACCGUCUUCAUCGAGCCCAUCGACGGCGUGCGGAACAUCCCCCCCGCGCGCUGGAAGCUGACCUGCUACCUCUGCAAGCAGAAGGGCGUGGGCGCCUGCAUCCAGUGCCACAAAGCCAACUGCUACACCGCCUUCCACGUGACGUGCGCCCAGCGGGCCGGCCUCUACAUGAAGAUGGAGCCCGUGAAGGAGCUGGCCGGCGGCGCCGCCACCUUCUCCGUCAGGAAGACCGCUUACUGUGACGUCCACACGCCCCCUGGCUGCACCCGCAGGCCUCUGAACAUUUACGGGGACGUGGAGAUGAAAAACGGUGUCUGUCGGAAGGAGAGUUCGGUCAAAGCGGUCAGGUCCACGUCCAAGGUCAGGAAGAAAGCCAAGAAGGCCAAGAAGACGGCCCGGGAGCCCUGCACGGCCCUGCCGCCCGUGUGUGCGCCCUACAUCCCCCCGCAGAGAUUAAAUAGGAUUGCGAAUCAGGUGGCCAUUCAGCGGAAGAAGCAGUUUGUCGAGCGCGCCCACAGCUACUGGCUCCUCAAGAGGCUGUCCAGGAACGGAGCCCCGCUGCUGCGCAGACUCCAGUCCAGCCUGCAGUCCCACAGAAGCUCGCAGCAGAGAGAGAACGAUGAGGAGAUUCAAGCUGCCAAAGAGAAGCUCAAGUACUGGCAGCGGCUUCGGCACGACUUGGAGCGCGCCCGCCUGCUCAUCGAGCUUCUGCGCAAGCGCGAGAAGCUCAAGCGGGAGCAGGUGAAGGUGGAGCAGAUGGCCUUGGAGCUGCGGCUGACCCCGCUCACUGUGCUGCUGCGCUCGGUGCUGGACCAGCUGCAGGAGAAGGACCCGGCCCGCAUAUUUGCCCAGCCAGUGAGCCUGAAGGAGGUCCCGGAUUAUCUGGAUCACAUCAAACGCCCCAUGGACUUUGCCACAAUGCGGAAGCGGCUAGAAGCACAGGGGUACCGGACACUCAGGGAGCUGGAAGAGGACUUUGACCUCAUCGUGGACAACUGCAUGAAGUACAACGCCAAGGACACAGUGUUCUACCGGGCCGCUGUGCGGCUGCGUGACCAGGGCGGCGUGGUGCUCAGGCAGGCCCGGCGCCAGGCGGACAGCGUCGGCUUCGACGAGGCCUCGGGGAUGCACCUGCCCGAGCGGCCGCCCCCGGCCCCUCGGCGGCCUUUCUCCUGGGACGAGGUGGACAGGUUGCUGAACCCAGCCAACAGGGCCCACAUGGUCCUGGAGGAGCAGCUGAGGGAGCUACUGGACAUGCUGGACCUCACGUGUGCCAUGAAGUCCAGUGGGUCACGGAGCAAACGGGCCAAGCUGCUGAAGAAGGAGAUUGCCGUCCUGCGGAGCAAGCUGAGCCAGCAGCACAGCCAGCCCCCGGCCGCGGAGUCAGGUACUGCAGGCUCGGAAGAGGACGGUGCUCCGCGGGGGCAGGAGGCCGCGGAGGAAGGAGAUAAAUCUCCCCCUAAACUUGAACCAUCAGAUGCAUUACCUCUUCCUUCAAACUCGGAGCCUAACUCAGAACCACCAACCCUCAACCCAGUAGAACUCCACCCAGAGCAGAGUAAACUGCCCAAAAGAGUCACAUUUGGUAAUGAGUCACAUAACACUUGCACUCAGAGCGCGCUGCUAAGCGGACACUCUCCAGAGCCCACCCUCGCCCGUAGUGGCGCUGCGCCGGGGGCGGAGCCAUCGAGCGAUGUAAACAGACGCACUUCUGUUCUCUUCUGCAAACCGAAAAGUGUAAGCCCCCCAAAGUCUGCCGAGAACACUGAAACCCAGCCAACUUCUCCUCAGCUAGGGACCAAAACCUUUUUGUCUGUAGUCCUUCCGAGGUUGGAGACUCUUCUGCAGCCAAGAAAAAGGUCGCGAAGCACCUGCGGCGACUCUGAGGUGGAGGAGGGGUCCCCGGGAAAGCGCCUGGACACAGGUCUCACCAAUGGUUUUGGGGCCGCGCGGGGCGAGCAGGAGCUGGGCGGCGCCCCGGGGAGGACCGCCGCGCCGCGCCGCCGCUGCGCAUCCGAGUCCAGCAUCUCCUCCAGCAGCAGCCCGCUCUGCGACGCCAGCUUCAGUGCACCGAAGUGCGGCCGCGGCAAGCCAGCCCUGGUCCGCAGGCACACGCUGGAGGGCCGCAGCGAGCUGAUAUCCUGCAUCGAGAAUGGGAACUACGCCAAGGCGGCGCGCAUUGCCGCUGAGGUCGGUCAGAACAGCAUGUGGAUAUCCACCGAUGCGGCCGCCUCCGUUCUCGAGCCCCUGAAGGUCGUGUGGGCCAAGUGCAGUGGCUACCCCUCGUACCCAGCCCUGAUCAUCGACCCUAAGAUGCCGCGCGUGCCUGGCCACCACAACGGGGUCACCAUCCCGGCCCCGCCGCUGGGCGUGCUGAAGACCGGCGAGCACAUGCAGACCAAGGCCGACGAGAAGCUCUUCCUCGUGCUCUUCUUCGACAACAAGAGGAGCUGGCAGUGGCUUCCGAAGUCCAAGAUGGUCCCUCUGGGCAUUGACGAGACGAUAGACAAGCUGAAGAUGAUGGAGGGCAGGAACUCGAGCAUCCGCAAGGCCGUGAGGGUCGCCUUCGACCGUGCCAUGAGCCACCUGAGCCGCGUGCACGGGGAGCCGGCCAGCGACCUCAGCGACAUCGACUGAGCGGCGGCCCGCCCAGUGUGCAUAGCUGCACAUGCUGUUCAUUGCUCCCCACUUAACUUAUUCUCCGUUUAGCUCAGCUGGGUUCUUCCUCCCAGGGAGGGGGAGGGGCUCUUUACCGGUUUCCUAUGACCCAUCCCCAUCUGGGCGCCGCCCCAUGCCCCUCACAGGGCACCGGCGGGGGCGCUGCUGGCGUCAUUUCUUCAAUCUGUAGCUCUCUCUGUCUCUCUCUCUUUUUUUUUUUAAAGACUUUUGAAUGUUUAAUAAUUUUGUAAAUCAUACUCUUUACACAGAGUACCACUAUUUAAUAGACGGGAUGUACAUUUACAAUGACAAAUGUGUAUUUUAAGAAAGAAAAUGACAUUAUUUUGAAUGGUACUUUGUGGAAAGAGGUGGAGAAUAAAUUUAUGCCGCGUGCAUCACUCGCAAAUCACCAAAAACACUCCGCCGCCUCCGUGAGGGCCGGGGCAGGCCUCCUGGGCCUCCCCUGCCGCCUUGCCCACCUGCCAGCCUCCCACGGUGUGCCUCCCAGCGGAUUAUUUAUUGUAGAAAGUGUAUUCAUUUGCUUUAUAAUGAAAAAUAAAUUUGCAGAAGUAUAUUGAUAUGCAUUUUUAUACAGGCACAUAAAAAUUCAACUUGCUUUGGGAGCAGGAUGUUGGUUGUUGUAUAAAUGACUCUGGCUGUGUGUGCUUUGAUUUUGUAACUUGUAAUCUUUUGUUUACAAUGAGGGGCUUUCUGUAACUCGUUUUAAUUUAGAACACUUUGGUAGCAAUAGAAACUUUGGAUACAUUUUUGUAUGGUACAUGUGAUGUAUAUAGAAUUAGUACUUUAUUUUUAUUUUUAAGAGGUAAAAGCAUUAUGUUAGGGGAAAAGGUAGGGUGGGUUUCCAAAAUUGCAUUUUUUAUAUAAAAAAAAUAAAGUCAAGAUUUGGACAGUGUGGCCCUUUCAUUCCUGCCUCCCUAGCACGCCGAGUGGCCGGCAGCCGGGCUGGGGAGGGUGCCCCGGCCUGGGCCUGCCCCUGGCCCGUGCCCCGCCUUCAUCUCAGUGUUCUGGGGUGUCGUUAUUUAUUACUUCACCUAAUCAUAUUUUUAUUUUAAAAUGGUAGCUUGAAACUUUAAAUGUUUUUUUCUUUUCAGUUUCCAUUGUU